AUGGGAGCCGGCGGGGUAAUCCUCCGGUUUUUCAACCUCGGUCUGCGUGUUCUGCAGUUCCUUGAUGCUGCCGUCAUUCUGGGAAUUUUCUCAUAUUUCUUGGCGGUCUUGACCAGGAAUGACCAAUCCAUCGCGACAUGGAUCAAGGCCGUUGAAGGCUUAGCAGGUGCAGCAACCGCCUACAGUCUGCUAGGCAUCAUUUUCACCUGCUGCCUGGGUGGUGUAGCCUUCUUUGCAUUCCUGGGUGUUGCCCUGGACGUGUGCUUUGUGGGUGCGAUGGUCGCCAUCGCCAUCCUAACUCGCGAUGGUGUUGGCCAAUGUACCGGAACAGUGGACACACCAAUGGGCACGGGCAACGCCGACGAUGACACCGUUUCCAAGGGUCUGAAAUUCGGCAUGUCUUGCAAACUGGAAAAGGUCGUUUUCGCAGUGGCGAUUAUCGGAAUCUUCUUCUACUUGAUUUCCAUCCUCUUCCAAGUCCUUCUCGCCCGCCACCACAAGCGCGAGAAGCGUUUCGGUCCCUCGCCCACUAACGGCUACACCCACGGUAGCCGCAAGGCCUUCUGGCGCCGUAACAAGAACAACCCCGAAGCUGGCGCCGUCGGCGGCGCCGAUGCCCUGCCCGGCCACCCAACCCCACAUGACGUCGAGAUGGGUGCCGAGCCUAAGGUCGAGAAGGGAUGGUUCAACUCUUGGGGUAAAAACAAGAACACCGCCAAUGGUCAGGCUGCUGCCCCGGCUCCAGGUAGUUAUGGCUAUGGUAAUUCAGCGUACACCGGCAACAUCUAG